AUGGAAAAUGUAAAAGUGUUAGAUCUUUAUAGUGGUAUAGGAGGUUUACACUACAGUUUGUUACAAGCCUUAACGAAUUGCAUUCACGAGAAGGUGGAGAAAGGUAUUAUGAAAAAGGAAAUUGCAAAAAUUAAUAUUACCAAUUGUGAAAAUUUUUUCAAUGAUACAUUUCAAUUUGUGUCGAUAGACUUAAAUUGCUUGUCGAAUCAAACGCAUUACCACAAUUUUAAAGAAAAUACUAUCUACCUAACAGACAAAAAAUAUAUAGACAGAUUUUUUAAAAAAUGUCAAAAUGGUAGAGUUAAUGAGCUUGGGAGUACUCCUCAAAAAUGUGAGUAUAACUCACAAAAGAAUAAGUUGAAAAAGAUCCACUUUGAUAUGAAUAAAAAUUACAUUAUUCAAACGGAUAUAAACAAUCUAAAUGAGCAAUUUUUUGAUUAUCACAAGUUUUUUAUUUUGCUAAUAUCUAACCCUUGUCAACCAUAUACCAGACAAAACAAAAAAUUUAAGGAGGUUAAUGUUAAUGAUCUCUACAGCAUGUACAGUUAUUCCAUAACAGAGAAAUGCCCCAUCGAAGAAAAAAAAAAACAAAAAGAUUCUUCCACCCUCGAAAAAUCUGGUCAUUCUACUAAUAUGCACACUUCAAAUUGUAGAGUGCAAACAUGCAGUGAUACAAGUGAUACGACCCGCUUAGAUAAUCAAAAAUGUAACACUAAGAAAGCUAUUCCCUCGAAAUAUGUUAAUGAAGAAAAUGGUCACGAUAAUAUAGAGGAGCAUUAUGAAGGUACACCUUUGGAAAAACCUAUAACAUAUGACACACAAAAAUAUCAUGUAGACAAUUUAAACCUAGAGAAAGCCAUGAAUUCUUUAGAAAUUGAAAAGGACGAAAGAACGAGGAGUUUUAUUCACAUCUGUAAUUUGUUAAAAAGUGUAAAAGUAGAGAAUUUACCAGAGUAUAUAUUUAUUGAAAAUGUCAAAAAUUUUGAAUUAUCGUGCUCGUUUUUAUGCUUUAUAAAUUCAAUUAAAGAAAAUUAUAAUUUUCAAACAUACCUCCUAUCCCCAUUGCAAUUUGGAAUACCCAAUGAACGUCUUCGUUUCUAUUGUAUAUGCAAGAAGAAACAUAACAAAGAUAAAUCCAUGAUGUGUGUAAAUUUACAAAAUCAUACGUUAUUGUCAUUGUAUAGUAAUUUGCUUACACCAACCAAAUGUAUUACCAUCCCCUCCUUUCAAAAUAAUGACAAUUUUAGAAAGAAUGAAAAUUCUGUUUUUUACACACCAAGCUUGGUAACCUUUUUAGAUCAUAAUGACAAGUACCCAAUAACUUGCAACAAAAAUGAUCAUAUAAACAUGUAUAACAAAAAUUUACAGGAAUAUAAAAUUGCAGAAAAUAAGCUUACAAAACGUGCAGCAUACUGUUUUGAUAUUAUCGACAUUAACAGAAAUGGCAAUAUUUGCUGUUUCCGCUCGGAUCUUUAUCAUACUAAAAAGAAUGAAGCCAUAAAUGAUCUUAUGAACAACAGCAACUUGAAGGAUGAGAUAAAUUCCAAAAAACUACAUGCCAUGUGUUUUACGUCUAAUUAUAGCAGGUACAUUAACGGAUCUGGAUCGAUAUUGUACUUCUCAAAGGAUAGAAGAAAGACCCCCUUAAAUUUUUCCGAAGAAGAACAUGGACAUGUAAAAAAUAUCAACAUGGGAAAUACAGAAACAAAAUACCCCAUUUGUGUAGAUACCAAAAGUUAUCAUCUCCCGAGAGAUAGCUCCUCCAGCGAAGUGUCUAGUCCAAAAGAACAUUGUCACGAUGAAAUAUUUAAACAAAUGAUAAAAUAUAAAAACAGAGUGCGUUACUUUACCCCUAUAGAAAUAUGCAGACUAAUGGGAUAUAAGAUGCGAACCAACAAGAAUAAAAUAGAGGGUAAUAAAAACAAAAAAAAUAGAUACGGAAAUAUCUACUGGAAUAUGGAUCACAUGUAUCAUAAGUGUGCCUACACUCGUAAUGUCCAUUACUGUGCUUCAGAUAAUAGCGACAUUUGUAUGUUAAAUUCGGAGCUGGAUUUACCAGAUAACCAUUUGAAAAAAUGGCAAAAUUAUGAAAAUGUUCAAAAAUUUGUGGAUGACACUAAUACAAAGAGGAAAGAAGCUCAUCGAACUGAAGAUCAAUAUGAACAAUCACAGGGAAAAGGGAUAAUACCUUGUUUGUGUCACGAAUUUGAAUUUCCAGAAUUUUUGACAAGCAGACAAAAACAUAAAUUAAUUGGUAAUUCAGUUAAUGUCACCGUAAUAGCUUUAAUUUUUCAAGCUCAUGAUAUUUUGGGGGAUAUUUUAAAAUGGAAAAAUAUACCCAGCUAA